UAAUAUUAAAUGCCCAGCGAAGCGGAUGGGUACAGCUGGUUAGAAGAUAAAACGAUGAAGGAGCAACGUCGUACCGUGAAAUAUCAUUCGAAUAUCGCGUUGACCUUGUAAAAGAACAAAUCACGCUGGAUACCGAAGAUUCUUCGUUGCAAAAUAACGCAGAUGGCGUUUUGAACAUUCAUCGUGUGCAGAUCGCGACUAUAAAACGACUGGUCGCUUACCUCAUAAUCACAGUCACACAUCGUCCGUUAACACAGACACACUCGAAAUGAGAACUUACAUCUUCCUCGCUUUGGUCGCGGUAGCCGUCGCUGACGUUUCUCACGUCGUGCGCACUGGCGAAGCUGAUGCCCAAAUUGUGUCGCAAGAUGCUGACGUUUUCCCGGACAAAUACCAGUACCAAUAUCAGACCAGCAACGGAAUCAGUGGCCAGGAACAAGGAGCGCUCGUAAACGAGGGCCGUGAGGAUGCAUCCAUCGCCGUCCAAGGUUCAAGCGGCUACACUGCCCCUGAUGGUACUCCCAUUCAGAUCACUUACAUUGCUGACGCCAACGGAUACCAGCCUUCGGGUGCCCAUCUGCCCACUACCCCAGCCCCUGUCCCAAUCCCAGAUUACAUCGCCCGGGCCAUCGAGUACAUCAGAACUCAUCCACCCAAGCCAGAGGUCGGCCAACGUAUUUAAGUUAUAUGAUAGUUGAUAAGGACGACUAUUGUUGAAACAUCGUAAGCCAUAGCACUGCCUAUCAUUUAUAUGUCUAGUCUCGCAAUAUGUAAAAUAAACUUCAAUUAAAGUUAAAAA